UCCAAUAUCUGCUGUCUGUCUUUGUGUGCAGCUUUAAGGGACAACAGGAUUGAACUUGUGCAUGCAUCAUGGUCAGAGUUGACCAUCAGUAUCAACGACGUCACGCUUUCCGAUGAGGGAAUGUACACCUGCUCUCUCUUCACCAUGCCCGUCCGAACAGCAAAAGCCUACCUCACUGUUUUAGGUGUGCCCAAGAAGCCAGAGAUCGAUGGCCUAACAAAGCCCGCGAUGGAGGGGGACCACAUCACUCUGACCUGCAUCACUCAGGGCAGCAAGCCCGCCGCCGACCUGCGCUGGUUCCGGAAUGAAAAGGAGGUCAAAGGUGCCAAAGAGGUAAAUGCGAGUGGGAAGACAUUCACAGUGCGGAGCUCUCUGCAGCUGCACGUGGACAGAAAUGAUGAUGGAGUGGCCUACACCUGUAGAGUGGACCAUGUGGCACUCACACAGGCACCACAGCAAGCCACUGAAGUACUGGAAGUCCAUUAUGCUCCCCGGGUGGAGAUUGUCCAUUCCCUUGCAGUUCCUCAGGAGGGCCAGUACCUGAAGCUGGAGUGUGUGUCCAAAGGAAACCCAUCACCAGAUCCUGUGAUGUGGACAAAGGAUGGAGGUGAGCUUCCUGACCUGGACAGGAUGAUCGUGGAGGGGAGGGAGCUCACCUUUACCUCACUCAACAAGACAGACAACGGCACUUACCGCUGCGAAGCCAGCAACCACCUGGGGACCAGCAGUGCUGAAUAUGUACUCUAUGUCUACGGUGAGUCCUGA